CGAUCGGUUCAGUUACUAAAGUUAGUUCAGCCUAAACGCACAAUUUCAAUUUCCAUUUCUAAGUUUGAGCCCGAAUUGAAAAGCAUUAGUGCCCACCCCACGCCUACCCUCGCACCCCUGCACCAACGCACCACACCACUACCCAACACAAACACGAGGACUGCAAAUUUCCCUCUGUUCUAUUUUUUUGUGUUUUUUGUCAAGUGCACCCAAGCAAAGACCAAAGGACGCAAACCAUCCCGGAAAGGGAAUCUAGUGCGCGAUUCGCGCGCGUUUUGCAUCAAAAGAAUCUAAGAAUCCAAGAAUAGCAGAAUCACAGAAUCAGGAGCGGAGAAAGCGAAAGCCAACCCCAUAAACCCAAAGCCCCAACAGUUCAAGUGAAUAAUCAGUGUGCAUCCCCAAGUAGUCGCCCCAAUGAAGCGCCGCCAUGAGCAAGGAUGCACCUACUGAGCGCAGCUACAACAGCACCAUCCAGUUAAAUAAUCAUUAGUGAAAGGUCCAUCUGCAGCUUCACAAUCCGGCAAUCGGUCUAGUAAUCAGCAGCCAGAAGGAGCAGCGCAUCGCAUCGUAACGCAUCCUUAGUUUCGGUGGGUCAGGCCGCCAGAAAGCCGUCAAAAUACGAAAGAAGGUGACCUCGAAGAAGGCCAGCGUUGUGUCGAUUGACGACGAUCACAACAACAACAACAACCACAACAACGGCCACAACGCUCGGCAGCCCAAAAACCCAGCAAGCACAAGCACACCCACACCAAUAGGAACACCCAUAGCCACGCCCACGUCCACGCCCGGUAACCCAGAGCAGGAGUGCCCACAGCCCAGGAGCAACCCGAUCCACAGCCAGAACCAGACACCCAUCGAGAUGGACGACACACAGCACUUCUGUCUGCGCUGGAACAACUACCAGAGCAGCAUAACCUCGGCGUUCGAGAAUCUGCGCGACGACGAGGCCUUCGUGGAUGUGACCCUCGCCUGCGAGGGACGCAGCAUCAAGGCACACCGCGUCGUCCUCUCCGCCUGCAGUCCCUACUUCCGCGAGCUGCUCAAGAGCACACCCUGCAAACACCCGGUCAUACUGCUGCAGGAUGUCAACUUCAUGGACCUGCACGCCCUGGUGGAGUUCAUCUACCACGGCGAGGUCAACGUGCACCAGAAGUCCCUGCAGUCCUUCCUCAAGACCGCCGAAGUUCUGCGCGUCUCGGGACUCACGCAGCAGCAGGCAGAGGACACACACAGCCAUCUGGCUCAGAUACAGAACCUGGCCAAUUCCGGCGGCCGCACGCCGCUCAACACGCUCACCCACUCGCUCCCACAUCCGCACCAUGGCUCGCUGCAUGACGACGGCGGCUCCUCGACCCUCUUCAGUCGCCAGGGAGCGGGCUCACCACCGCCGACGGCGGUGCCCUCGCUGCCCUCGCACAUCAACAACCAGCUGCUGAAGCGCAUGGCCAUGAUGCACCGCAGCAGUGCCGCCGCCGCCGCCGAGGAGACCUCCCACGCCCUCAAGCGUCUGCGCGGCGCGGACAACGGCCUGCCGCUGUCCGGCGCCGUUGGCAGUGGCAGCAACAACAACAGCCCCGACUUGCCGCCGCUCCAUGCGCGCAGCGCCUCGCCCCAGCAGACUCCGGCCGACUUCAGUACGAUCAAGCACCACAACAACAACAACACGCCGCCGCUGAAGGAGGAGAAGCGUAACGGACCCACAGGCAACGGAAACUCUGGCAACGGCAAUGGCAAUGGCAACGGAGCGAGCAACGGCAACGGAAUCUCCAUCAGCGACAAGCUGGGCAGCCUCACACCCUCGCCGCUGGCUCGAGCGGGCGCCGAUGACGUUAAGUCGGAGCCCAUGGAGCUGGUAUGCUCCAACAACAAUGCCAACGCUAACGACGAGCACAGCAAUGACUCCACCGGCGAGCACGAUGCCAAUCGCUCCAGUAGCGGCGACGGCGGCAAGGGAUCCCUGAGCUCCGGAAACGACGAGGAGAUCGGCGACGGACUCGCCUCCCAUCAUGCCGCCCCUCAGUUCAUCAUGUCGCCGGCGGAGAACAAGAUGUUCCAUGCAGCCGCCUUCAACUUUCCCAAUAUCGAUCCCUCAGCGUUGCUAGGUCUCAACACACAGUUGCAGCAGUCCGGUGACCUCGCCGUGUCCCCUCAAGGACCGCACAGCAUCACCCGCUCCGCAGCUACCUCGCCCACCAGUUCUACCUCAUCGCCGCCCUCGCCGCCCACAGCCCUGAUCUCGCCAACCAGUUCGCUAAAGGGGAGUCUGGCCGCCGCCGUCUACAGCCUACAUAGCCACGCCCACGGCCAUGUCCUUGGACACGCCACCUCGCCGCCGCGUCCUGGCAGCGUGGGCAGCAGUGUGGGCAGCAACCUCUGCACCUCCACCUCCAUGGGUUGCGGUGUCAACUCCGGCAACAACAGUGGCAACAACAAUGGCAACAACGCGAACAACAACAGCAACAACGGCAACCCCACUAACAACAACAACAACAACAGCAGCAGCACGAGUCCUGGCAGCCAGGCGACGGCAGCGGGAGGAACCGUGACCCAGGCGGGCACGCCUCCGCUACCGCUCCGCAUGCCACCGCCCACCAGCGGCGGCAUAAACGAGCCGCAGGAAUGCCCCUACUGCCGGAGGACCUUCUCGUGCUACUACUCGCUGAAGCGGCACUUCCAGGACAAGCACGAGCAGUCAGACACGCUGUAUGUGUGCGAGUUCUGCCACCGGCGGUACCGCACCAAGAACUCUCUGACCACGCACAAAAGCCUGCAGCAUCGCGGCUCCAGCGGCAUGCUGAAGCGGCUGCUUAAGACGACCGCCAUCAAGCACGGACUGGUGGGCCACGGUCAUGGGCACGGACAUGUCCACCACCCGCACCCGCACCACCACGCCCUGUCCCAUCCGCGCACCAGUCUGUAUGACUUCACUAGCGAGCUGGGACAGCCGCCACCGGGCAUCCAAUAGGAGCUAAGUUGGAACGCCAUCUUUUAGAGAACGAAGGAGAGCUGGUCAGUCAACCAGUCAGUCCAUCCAUCGGUUGGAUGACCAGUGGGAAGAAGCAGCCAAGACCAGCUACAAAUACUUUGCCCAUUGUUUUCGCACUGGACCGACGAUCCCCCAUCGCUCAUCGCCCAAACGCCAGAAAGCAAUUGAACGGGGAUCUAGAUCUCCAGCGUGCACUAGGUCUUAGCUAAUUAAUGAUUAAGCAUAUUAGGCAUAUUUUGGCGUCAACUGUUUUAUUAUUCUUAUCCUUAUGUUAGGUAAUUAUUACGAUUAUUUUUUUUGUGUAUCCUUAACUCUAUUCGUACUAUUAGUUAUUUGUGCUGCUCUCACCUACUUAGUAGUUGAAGCACCUUCGCUGCUUCAUGUGCAAUACCUCAAGAAUCGUGUAAAUAAUUUCGAUAAAUCUUAAAUACCUCUGGAAGCUGCUGCACGAGCAGGCCAACACCACAAACAUACAUACAUACAUGCAUACAUAUAAAACACACAAUACAAACAGCGUGAAGUUGCGUUUACAGAAUACUUAUUAGAUUUAGAGUUAUGUUACCAUUGAUGACAACAACAAAUGGGAAGAGAACGAAGGACUAGAACACACACACACCAACACUCACACAACCAGAACCACAACCAAAAGCACCCACACACACGCACACAUGCUGGGGGUCGUGACCCGAGGGCGGGAGCGGUUAGAGCAAUAACGGUACAUAUCAUGCAACUGAAACUGCAAAUGAAUCUGAAUCUGCAGCCGAAACUUAAUCUAAAACUAAAGAAAAACUAAAGCUGCAUCCGAAAUAGCAACCGAAUCUUAAAUAGAAUCUAAGCCACCUGUCGGGCGCUACCGGUACUCAGCCGCCGCCCCCGCACUUCCAGCAUAAAUAUAUGUUGUUGUCGUUGUUUUCAUUAAAAACACACACACACAUAGGCCAGAAACAACACACAAUCAUACAAUGUUCACUCUACUUUUUUUUUUACUAGUUUUAGGCGCAUUAAACUUAUUUUAUUUGCCAACUGCUGCGCCAAACGUUCUCUAAAGAGUCGGAUUCCAAUAAGAGUAGAUAAAGGUCCUACUACGGAUCGGCGGCAGAUUAGAUUGUAUAAGAUGUGUGCAUUUUUUUUUCGAGGGAGCCGUAACUGUAAAUGUAGCUCAUAUAUAAGACUAGAAGUAAGCUUAAUUCAAAUGUAAUGUUAAAAGUCGGCGGGGCACGGAGAAGACAAACGUGCAGAAGCGAAACACAAGAGACAAGAAAAGAAAAGAAAGAAACAAACAAACAAACAAAAUCAACCAACAAACAAAAGAAAAACGUUAUCAGGGAUAAAAUAUCAAGGAUGCAGUAGGAAAGUAAUUUUUUCUACUUAUUCACGAAUACGACGAAUAAAGUAACAGAAAUUAAAAUCACUUUUUUAUAUACACAUACAUAUACACACGCGCGCGUAUAAACGAUAAAUGUGCAUAUGCGUACGCGCAAGCGAAGAGAAACAAUUAAACUAAAGUCUAUGUAUACAUGUAUAUACUUUACACCAUUUACCAUAUACAAUUUAUAAGCCGAUAUGCCGACGAUAUACACAUAUACAAUGUUAGUAUGGUGUAUUAUAGAAGACAGAUGAGCUGUAAACGUUUUUGCAAAUCAAGAAAAUAACGUAUUUAACAAAACCGCAAAGUAACUCAGUGAUUUUUACCAGCGAAGUACAAAUGUUCUGAAAUUAAAUUAACUAACAAGUAAUAAGCGCCGACGAGCAGAUCAGCAAAUUGAAGUAGCUAGCGACGGGAGUAUUCAGAGCAGAAUCAGAAAGGGGAAAGGGUCUAGAGCUGCCCCAACAGAGUGGUCUGAUCAUGUUGCAUGCAACCAGGACCGGCAGGCUAACAUGCAACAAACAGCAAGCCCAGACUGGAAGUGAAAAAAACAAAAAGAAAAAAACACCCUCUAGGAUCUGUGUUAAGAAAAUGUUUAAGUCAAAUGUACGAAGAAUGUGUAUCAAUUCAAUGUCUCAGGAAUUUCUUAAAAUUUAACCAAUUUACACCUUAUACUAUAGAACACAUUGCAGGAACGUCUGGAAAGACAGACAGCUAACAACAAACUCUUCCAAUCCAACACACCUCCAAUGGUGCUGCAUAUCAUCAUCUCAUCAUCAAGUGCGAGUUUUCCGAAUUCUUGUCAAAAAACAAAAAAAAAAAAAAAAAACAACAAAUAAUAAAAAAAAAUAGUUAUAGGGGCACUAACACGUACCGAUUGCAGUUAAGCAGUAGGAAUCGUAACUGUCGUAGGAGAGUAAUUAGUAUUCUUUGUGCCAUGCUACCCUGAAUCAAUAGCCCCACGAAUGGGGAUUGGAAGCCUAGCAGGCAGUCUAAUAACUAACUAGGCAUUGGUGACCAGCGAUCACUGGUCAGCAUGAGGUUUCCUUAUCAGCGUACAAGCAAAGAUCCAUCCAGGUUAAGCUACAUAAUGCACUCAUACAUUUGUAUAUGACACAUAUGCAACAUGUGGCACAUAUGGGGCAUAUUGGCCGGCACGUUCUCAUCUAUCGGAGCAUAAGUUGAAGGGCAGUCCGCUCCGUAGAUCCGACAUAGGCUUAAUUAAUUUAUUCAACCUCACAGAUACAGAUAACAGAUACCAGAUACAUAAGGUUGGGGAGGUUAGAAGGGAGGGGAGGAUAGGUGGAGUCGAAGGGAACGUAUAAAAUUGUGUGGCGCUUUUGCUUUCCCCAGUUGAGGAUUCUAGGAGUCCCAUUUGCAUUAUAGCUUAGAAUGAACCUUCCGCUUACACUUACUUUACACGUAUUUAUGAUAUUUUUUUUUUUCUAAUUUUAAAACCUAAUUUUAGAUGUGUUUUAUACUUUAUUACGCUGAACUUGGACGGAAUUACAGUUUAUGCUAGUAUUUAGUUGGUUACACUUUGUAAGACAUACUCCAUUUAUUAAGUUCUUUUAAUAUAACGAAUACGAAAUGAAAAGCAGAGACAGAAACAAAAACGAAAACGAAAAAUAAUGCAAAUGCAAAACAAACUGUGAUCUUACAAGUUUUUGAAGUGUGAAAUUUUUAAUUCUCCUUGUACGAAAUUCCAUUUUGGCUGUUUAUAUUUUUAAUUAUGUUAUUACAAACGAGGCAGACUUAUGCUGCCUGGCAAAAUUUAUGUUUAGAACCUCAACGAAACUGUGAAUGCGAACUUUUGUAUUAUUUUUUGUGCGCCUUUUUUAUACACGUAUUGUUUAUGUAUCCAAUUAAACCUAUUCAAAAUUUUACUUUUUGGCAUGUGUUAAACAAUAAACAAAUCAUUUGAAGCAAAACAACCACAAACUAUAUUUUCCUUAACCCCAAACGCAACGCACUACCCCAGAUACAUACACUUUAUUUGUUACCUAUUAAUUAAAUAAGUCCUUUGUUCGACACCUCGACCUCCUCAAAUCGUAACAUCGUCAAAUCGGGAAAACUCAGGAAAUCUUACCAAUGCUUAGGGAACCACAACCACUACACUUAAGAGACUCCUCCAUCGACCCUACGUAUCUAAUGUUCUUGUUACUACACUGAACAAAAACCAGCCGCAGAAGAAAUGAAAUUAACCAAAAGCAGAAGCAGAAGCAGAAGAAUUUCUUUCGAAAGGAUUUAGCAUGGCCAAAAAACACUGAUGAAAGAGACGCAUAUACAUACAUAUUGGUACCAUUAAUAAGAGGAUUUUGAAUCAGAUUAAUGUAGUUUAUAGCUCUAACGUUCGUUUAAAGAUAUUCUUAGAAAUAGAAACGUAUAUGUAUACCCCAUAUUUGACGCACUUUCCCAACCCGAAGGCAACCUGCGCAUAACUUCAAAUGCCAAAUGGUUCGGACACCAGAAAUUCUAUCUAAAUAUCUAUUUAUCUGUUGUUAUCUGUCACUCUCCCAUGCGCAAGUACCUUGUACAUGUAUGUGUGAGCAAAAUUUGAAUUUGAAUAUUAAAUUAAAAUUGAAUAAUCGAA